AUGAGUGCCAAUGGAAUGUCCAAUGCGUCCGUGUCCGUGAUUGCGGCCGGUGCCUUUGCUGUGGGUGGUCUCUUCACUGCCGCCUUUAUGCGCAAAAAACAACCUCCUAGCUUCCCUGCUACCCAAGGUACCAAGAAUGCCACUCCCGCCAUUGCGUACCCCAAGUACAAUUACACCGGAGAUCCCAAGGGUUCCUUCAUGGCCGUUUGCGACAUGCUCAUUGACGAAAUUUGCGCAGAAUUGCCCGUAAAAUACGACUUGCCUGCCAAGGAAACUCAGUGGGUCAAGGAUAUGUUGGAAUACAAUGUUAAGGGAGGAAAGAUGAACCGUGGUCUCAUGGUAGUAGAUGCCGGUGUGGCUAUUUUGGCAUCACAGGGGAAAACUCCCACCAACGAGGAGCUCAGCCAAUUGGCAGUCCUCGGAUGGGCCAUUGAAUGGCUCCAGGCGUGGUUGUUGGUAGCCGACGAUAUUAUGGAUUCUUCCGUCACGCGACGUGGCCAACCCUGUUGGUACAAGAAACUGGAGCAAAUCUGGUACAUUGCCAUUAAUGAUGCAUUUACCAUUGAGGCAUUUGUCUACAAAAUGAUGAAACGCCAUUUUAUGACUCAUCCUCAGUACAUUCAACUCAUGGACCUCAUGUUGGAAUCCACUCUUCAGACUGAAAUGGGACAGCUCAGUGACACGCUCUGCGAUGUUCUCGGUUUGAAAGAUUUGACUCCGGAACGAUGGGAAUUGAUUGUGACCUACAAGACCAGUUUCUACAGUUUCUAUUUGUCCGUCGCCUUUGCCAUGACAUUUUGCAAUAUCAAGGACAAGGCUGCUUUUGAUGCCGCCAGAGAGAUUCUUGUCACCAUGGGAGUGUACUUCCAAGCUCAAGACGAUUAUCUGGACUGCUUUGGUACUCCUGAACAAAUUGGAAAAAUUGGAACCGAUAUUGCCGACAAGAAAUGCGGAUGGCUUUUCACCAAAGCAUACCAUCAGCUCGCCAAUGACGACCAAAAGGCAUUCCUAGACAAGCACUACGGAAACUGCAAGGUCGGCAGUGACGAAGAAAAAGCAAUCAAGAAGCUCUACGCUGACUUGGGAUUGCCUCAGUUGUAUGCGGAAUACGAACAGGCAUCGUAUGAUAAAAUCAUGAGCAUGAAGGGUUCCAAGGAAGGUGCUGUCUUGGCCAAGGCCGGUGUUCCGUGGGAAGUGUUUGAAAUGUUCUUGCAGAAGGUCUACAAGCGUUCGAAAUAA